AUGCCGUCCUCCGACGACGACGUCGACUCGUUCUUCGCCAACCCGCGCAACCCUGACCGCUCGGCCGCCCGCACUCGCCCCGCCAAGCGCCGCAAGAGCAUCCGCCCUCCCUCCGACUCGGACUCGGACGACCCACACGCCGACCGCCCUCGCCGCAAGCGCGCCUCGUCCGACCUCGAGGUCGUCGGGUCCAGCAGCGGCGCGCACCGGGCGGGUGGGCGCGCCAGGGUCAAGGCGGGACCGGUCGCCUCGACGAGCAAGCACAGUACCGCGCCCAAGCCCUCGGUCGCGCGCCGGUCCAACCUGCACGUCACCCUCUCGUCCUCGUCGACCGACUCGACCGACUCGGACGGCGAGUGUCGCGGCAGCCCGCGCCACCGCCGCCGCACCGCCACCGACGGUCCUUCAACCUCGACUCGCCGUCGCGCGCGCGACCAGGACCUGCUCCCGACGGCGAGCCAGAUCGACCAGGACGGCGACAUUCUGCGCCAGCUCGCGCGGCAAAACGGCUGGCAGGGCUCGACCCCGCCGCGCCGCAACAAGUCGCGCGACCACGACGACGAGGACGACGACGACGAGCCGCCGCGCGAGGCGGCCAAGCGGCGGCGAGCGUCCGAUGGCCGCGACGACGCGGCAGAGUCGGACUCGAGCGGUCGCUCGGCGGCGUCGAGGACGCGUAGGCGCACGUCGGCGAGCACGGCGCAGACGACCGUGUCGGAUCGCUCCUCGUCGGCGACCAAGGGCAAAGGGCCGGCCAAGGCGCCCGCCGCCGCCGCCGCCUCGUCUUCGAGGGCCAAGAAGGUGCCGCCCGUGCGCAACAUCGCGUCGACCUCGGCCACCAAGACGGCGGCCGCCUCGUCGACGCGCAAGAAGCGCCGCUCGUCGGCCGCCAACGACGACCGCUCGCCGUCGCCGCAGCUCGAGCCGCCGCCCGGUGCGCCUCCGCCGCCACAACCGGCGCCGCCCGAGUCGUUCUGGGGCGUCGAGGCGCAGCCGGUCAGGCGCAAGGGCGCGCCCUCGACCCGGCUCGAGGCGGGCGCGGCGAGCAAGGCGCUGCGCGCCCUGUCGGAGCAGCGCGCCAUGCUCGUGCUCGGCGACGACGACGAUGACGAGAUUGCGCCGGCGAGCAGCAGCGGCGUGAGCAGCGGGAGCGACGAGGUGGGCCCGAGCAAGUACGAGCCCGUCGCGGCCAAGAGCAAGCGGCAGAAGGAGGAGGCGCUCGCCAAGCUCAAGGCGAAGCGGACGACCAAGACCAAGCAGACGACGUUGCCACUCCAGCCUGCGCCCAGCGGUACGCGCACGCCGCAAGCCGGCGCGUCGACCUCGACCUCGGCGUCGGCAAAGGGCAAGGGCAAGGCGGUCGAGGCGGCAGGAGAGUGCCCCGUCUGCAAGCAGGUCGUCCCGCUCUCCGACCUCGACGCACAUACCAACGCGUGCCUCGACGCCGUCGCCCACCUCGACUCGUCCGACUCGCAGCUCGUCCUCGACGACGCUCCCCCUCCUCCCGCCGCCGCCGCUGCUCCUCCUUCCCGCACCCGAGCCUCGGCCUUCCGCCCCGCAGGCGCAGCACCACCGCCUCCCGCCGGCGGAUCGGCCACACGGACCCGUGCUGCCGCGCCAAAGUCGGCACCUCGCGCCGCACCCGUCCAGGAGGGCCUCGCCGCCGAGCUGUUCCCGUCCUCGUCGCCGCGCGUGUCGCGUUCGGCCACUCGCGCCGCCGGCACCAAGAGCAAGGGCAAGGGUAAGGCGAUGCUCGUGCCCGACAGCGACGACGUCGAGCCGGCCGACGAGCGCCCGCAUCGCCAGGCGCCACCGGCCGCCGACGACGACUUUGACGACGGCUUCAUCGACGACGACGAGGCGCUCGCGGCGUGGGACGAGGCCGACGCCGCGCUGCACAAGACAGUGACCGAGGUCGUCGACCUGCUCGACGACGACGAGGACGACGACGACGACGAGGUCAUCGUCGCGGGCCCGUCGUCGACGCAGUUGCAGCGUCGCGCCAAGGUGGCGAGGCGUACGGGUGCCGUCGCAGGUGGAGAAGGUGCCGUCAACAGCGCGAGGCGGCCGGGACCGCCCGAGGACGGCAGCUCGCCGCCGAGGGGCAGCAUCUACAUCUCGACGCUCAGCCGCGCGUACAAGGAGGGCUACGAGAGCAUGUACGCGCAGAGGGCGCCCAAGCGCUCGCGCACCUCGGCGGGCGCGCACGACGCGGGCGACGGCGACGACGACGACGGGUACGGCUCGGACGACGAGGCGCGCGCGUUCGACGCCAUGGCGCCGCCGGCGACGACCAAGGCCAAGGGGCGCGCGAGCGGGGGCGGGUGGGGCAAGGGUCGUCGAGGAGGAUGGGGGAGGAGGGGCGCGAGGGGCGGUGCGAGGGGGAGGGGCAGAGGGAGGAAGAGCUGA